AGCGGUAGCUGGCUAGAAUUCCCUGUUUCACCCUUUCUGUGUCAUUUCAGCCUUGUACAAGUAGGGCACUGCAUGGCAGCGGGGCGGAUAGGGAGACGAGGGAACCCCCGUACGUUGCCUCACUCCUGAUCAACUUACAACCUUACCAAGCUUGGUGUGCGUGAGUGUGUGUCUCGUCUUUCGUUCGGUGCGCCCAUCAACAUGGCUUGGACUGAACUAUAGCGCACAUCCAGGACUACCAAAAAGGAUACUAGAGUAGGCUACACUACCCAUUAAAAACAAUCGGUGUGUAUUUUACUGAAAACACUGAUCAAGAAGAAAGAGCCAAAUACUCACUGAUGAGGCAGCCAUCAAGUGACUUUGAAAUGGCUCUAAGCGGCACCCUGUUACCUUCUAUAUCCACAUUUGCCAACGGCCCGACUGUCAAGAACAAAUCCAUGGGUCCUGCAAAUUUAAGAUGGAAAGAGGAGCUGGCUCAUCUUAAGAGGCCGAGUGUUCCGACAGGCAGCAGUUGCACCGAACAGGACCUGGUCUCCAUGAUGAUGGCCAAGAAAGAUCCGGAAACUGACCUGGACCUGUUGGACUACGACUUCAUCCUCUCCAACACCAUGCUACAACAACAGCAACAACAACAACAACAACAUCAACAACAGGAAGCCAUAGUGGGGGGACCCCAGGCCCUCUCCCCCUCCCCCAGCUCUUACUCCUCCUCCUACCCCCUGCCCUCCCCUCAGGAUCCAGACCUCCUCUACACCAUCCCUGACAUCAGUGACGUCUCGCCCUCUGGGGGCUUCGUGGCCGAGCUGAUGAGGCCGGAGCUGGACCCUGCCUAUCUCCACGCCGCCACCAGCCUCCAAGGGAAGUUUGUGUUGAAGACCACCCUGGACAUGGGGGACUAUAGCCAGGGCGUGGGCGUGGGCGUGAGCGUGAGCAAGGCCGCCGGCACGCCGGCUACGGACUUGCCCUUUGUCUGUCCCCGGAUCAAGCACGAGACCCCCAGCACCUGCACCAUCACCCAGCCCAUGGACCUCCACCUGGGGCUGAACUCUCACUCACACUCCCAGCCUCGGGGCGGACCUAGGCCCCUCCUGGACCCUCACGGCUACUCACCAUCAGGGCGGCCCUUGGGGAGCAACCGGCCAGCCACCUCCCCUUUGUCCACGGAGCACCCAUUGGGCAGGGACCUCCAGCACCCCUCCAGCCAGGGACUGAACCACCCCCAGUUGUCUCUGCCCACCUCGGGGUAUCACCAUCACCCAUCCCCUGGCUACGCCCCCUUCCCCCAGCCUCCGUCCAUGCAGUACCAAGAACUGAUGACCCCUGGACCAGAGUGUUUGCCGGAGGAGCCCAAGCCCAAGCGCGGCCGGCGCUCCUGGCCGAGGAAGCGCAUCGCCACACACACGUGUGACUACGCAGGCUGUGGGAAGACCUACACCAAGAGCUCUCACCUCAAGGCUCACCACCGCACACACACAGGAGAGAAGCCUUAUCACUGCGACUGGGAAGGUUGCGGCUGGAAGUUUGCCCGUUCGGACGAGCUGACGCGUCACUACAGGAAGCACACGGGCCAUCGGCCCUUCCAGUGUCAGAAGUGCGACCGGGCCUUCUCUCGCUCCGACCACCUGGCGCUGCACAUGAAGAGGCACUUAUGAGACGAGCCGGAAGCCGCCGACGAAAAGACUUGGGAGCUAUAGACUUACGAUCUGAACCUGAACAAACCAAACUGUUUUGAGAAAACCGUACUGCCUUCAGCCACUGUCAGGCUAUAAGACAAGCUGUGUGGUUCAUCACAGCAGCGAGAGCCCAGUCAGAGCCGCCAUCAUGGACACCUGUGACUCCUCCUCCGACGGCUGUUCCUCCCCCAGCGUGUUGGGGGAUCGGACCACAGUCUUCAGUAACCUCGGCAACCUCUUAUUCCUCUCUCGGGACCAAAACUGGAAGUAAUUGUAUCGACAAAACUUGGGAGGACCAGGUGCCAAUGUAUGACUGGAAUUGUAUUAGCUUCAGGGAGACGAGAUACACAGAACACACACACCUAGCAUCAUCUCAGAGGCCUUCAAUCUUAUCAGCAACAUUCCAUUUGUUUGUUUCCCAGUCAACCAAAACACUGUUAAACAUACUGUAUUAGAAAUGUACGUUUAUAACACCACUAUAAAAGCCAUGGACGUCAGGUACCAAUUAAUUUAUAUGUUACAAGAUGGUGCUUUCAUUGAUGGUGUAUUCAAAGGUACCAAAGAUUAGAAAUCAAUUGAAUGAAUAGGUAAAACAUGUUUGAAGUGCCAUAUAUUUUGUCUGUUUAGUUUCUAUGGAGACCUUUUAUUGAACAAUUUGACGUAAAAAUCAGGAAAAUAAUUCUCUGCAUGUUAACGGUGAUGGCAAUCUACAAUGCACUGUGGUCGCAAAGUGCAAUAAUUUAUAUAAGACAUUCAUAUUUUUUUAAAGAAAUUGGUAACUCUGAACAAAGUCUUUUUGUUUAUAGUUAAAAUAUGUAAUAUAAUCUUAAGUUUGUACAAUUGUAAAUAAAAUGCUUUCUUAUUGUUUUGUAUUUUACAAUAUAAAAAAAUAAAUGUAUUUGAAAUUAGAUUUUA